AGUUUCAUAUUCUAUGAGAAAAAGUUCGGUCAAAUGUGAAGAUAUUCCUCCGCAAGAUUUAAUCCUUUGGUUUCUUAACAAGCAUCUUGCGUGUGGAUUUAUUUUGGUGUUAAAUUUGGAGCGUUUAGUACUUAAAAUCAAUUUUUAAAAUUAAUCAAUAGGGAAAAAAAUUUACUUUGAUAUGUAUUUAGUUGCGUAGUAAUACGCCUCGAGUGAAGUAAUUGGAACUUGCCUUUCUGUCGCUCUAAUUGCGAGUGUAACAUGUCGUAUACCUCUGAGAGAAGAAAUGAUGAAUGGUCGGGAGGUGAAUCGAAGAAUGGCCCCAGCGAGAAGGAGCAGUCGUACGAUGGACCCCCGGGAAUGGAGCCGGACGGCAUCAUCGAGUCGAACUGGGAGGAGGUGGUGGACAACUUCGAUGACAUGCACCUGAAGGAGGAGCUGCUGCGUGGCAUCUACGCGUAUGGGUUUGAGAAGCCGUCCGCCAUCCAGCAGCGCGCCAUCAUGCCGUGCGUGAAGGGCCACGACGUGAUCGCCCAGGCCCAGUCCGGUACUGGCAAGACUGCAACGUUCUCCAUAUCCAUCCUGCAGCUGAUAGACACGAACAUCCACGACUGCCAGGCGCUGAUCCUCGCUCCCACGAGGGAGCUGGCUCAGCAGAUCCAGAAGGUGGUGAUCGCGCUGGGGGACUUCAUGAACGCGCAGUGCCACGCCUGUAUCGGCGGCACCAACGUGCGCGAGGACAUGCGCAAGCUGGAGAUGGGCGUGCACGUGGUGGUGGGCACGCCCGGCCGCGUCUACGACAUGAUCAACCGCCGUGCGCUCAGGACGGACCAUAUAAAGCUGUUUGUGCUGGACGAAGCUGAUGAGAUGCUGUCCCGAGGCUUCAAGGACCAGAUACACGAUGUCUUCAGGACACUCAGUCUGGAAGUACAGGUGAUCCUGCUGUCUGCCACCAUGCCGUCUGAUGUGCUGGAGGUGACGUCCCUCUUCAUGCGCAACCCCAUCCGUAUCCUGGUCAAGAAGGAGGAGCUCACGCUAGAAGGUAUCAAGCAGUUCUUCAUCUUCGUGGAGCGGGAGGACUGGAAGUUCGACACGCUGUGCGACCUGUACGAGACCCUGAGCAUCACCCAGGCCGUCAUCUUCUGCAACACUCGCCGCAAGGUGGACUGGCUCACCGAGAACAUGCACAGCCGCGACUUCACCGUGUCGGCCAUGCACGGAGACAUGGAGCAGCGUGAGCGAGACGUCAUCAUGCGUCAGUUCCGGACGGGAUCCAGCCGAGUGCUGAUUACUACUGACCUUCUGGCUCGAGGGAUUGAUGUGCAGCAAGUUUCGUUGGUCAUCAAUUAUGAUCUUCCAUCUAACAGAGAAAACUACAUCCACAGGAUUGGACGAGGUGGCCGUUUCGGCAGGAAAGGUGUUGCGAUUAACUUCGUCACGGAGGACGACAAGCGGACGCUGAAGGACAUUGAACAGUUCUACAAUACCCACAUUGACGAGAUGCCUCUGAAUGUGGCUGAUCUAAUUUAAUGUCUGUAGCGCUAUCCUGUGUUGCCGCGAGUUCUGAUGGUGGAUUUUUGGCAAGACCACUGAAAGGAAGAUAUAUUUGGAAAUAAAGAUCAAAAUUUCCUAAUUGGAGUUAAACA